AUGGUGGAAUGUCUUUUAAGACGCUCCAAAGAUCUGGUAGCGAUCAAUAAAGUUGCCGGAAAAUGGGGUACAGCUCUUCAGGCUGCGAUCAACGGGGACAAGAAUCCAUAUGACACGGUCCAACUACUCCUUGACAACGGUGCUGACCCGAGUAUUGUCGGUGGGUGGCAUGGGACACCACUCAAUGCUGCCGCGUUCAGGCACCAAUACGAUGUUGCGAAACUUCUUCUGCAACAUUUACCAUCCGAUAAGAUCGACCUUGUGGGAGAGGCGGACGUUAUGAGACAGCCUUACACGCCGCGGCUUCCCAGGCGCAUAUUGAGGUGGCCAAACGACUUCUGGAGCAACCAGGAGUUUCAAUCGACUGGACAGACCAGAUGGGGGCGACUCCCACUUCACAUGGCGGCCAUGCAGGGGGAUUGGGAGAUGGUCCAACUCCUUUCCAGCUCGACAAGUACAAUCCACACUCGGGACAAAAUCGGCCGCAAUGCUCUUCAUUUUGCCGCUGGAAGAGGAUCUUCUUCCGUUCUCCGCCACAUUUUAAAUGACAAAGAGAACGUCGACUUGGUUAACGCCGUAGACAUUGACGGAUGGACCCCACUACACUGGGCGUGCCGCCAGUUGGAGAAUGAGACUCUUCAAAUAAUCAAAGACCUCAAGGGGAUGGGCGCCGAUGCCUCGGCCAGGACUCUGGACAAGUGGACACCACGGCAUGUAGCAGUAUUUCAUGACAUAUAUGAGCCAGACAUUCUCAAACUUCUGCCGAAAAUGAUGGAUGACGAUGACAGUCUGCCGUGUGGUCCGGGGAAAUAUAUCGGGGCUCUUUGUGAUUCCUGCGGUUGCUUGACCUAUGACAAACGAUACAAGUGUAAGAGUGAAAACUGUGUCGAAUUUGUCCUGUGCUUCAAGUAUUACCGGCACGCGGCGAACAUCCAUUACGGAGAACAUGAAUUCGACGACAGUCCUGAGCCAUAUACUUGA